UUGUAAAAAAAAAAUACCACGAAAUAUCGUGAUCUAGUUUGAAGUCUGUAUCGUCCAUCCUUAGUUUGCUAUAGACUGAAGUUUAACAGGAAGCCUUGUGUAACUCACCCGUUUGUGAGGCUUGUUUCUUAGCGUUUUUUGAUCUCUAUUACUCCUAUAUCAUACAUAUGUAUGUUUUUAAAAUGCAGCUUGGGUUGGUUUAAGUGUCUGACGAGCUGACUAGUAAAAAAAAAAAGGUCUACCUGUAAUUAAGUUCUGUGCAAUCGAGUAACAGUUAAAAAAAGAUACACCUCUGAUUUAUGGGACAAACCUUCUCAAUGUAGUUGUUGUUGUUAUUAUUAUUAUUAUUGAGUGAUUAUGCCGUGACUUUUUGUUUCUGUGUGUACUUGAGUAAAUGAUCUGCGGCAGUAUCCGUGACUGGCGAACUGCUUGCGAGGUUUGUUAAAAGAGGAGCGGUGUGAUUCGUUAUUGUUCGGCUUAUUUGCUAGCUCGUUGUUCAUCUGUCAUCAUAUGGCAAUUUUUUUUUUUUCCUUUUCUGCAGAUGGGAGGAUCAGGUGUGCACACAGCUGCCUGCCUGUCAUGAAUGCCGAGGCCUGUGUGAGCACAGAACCUUAUUUUGCCAGAUUUCUACACAAGCGUUCUUGAAUGGCGAAUGAAAAGGUGGUGAGAAGCGUUUUCGACCGAUCAUGUAUUCGUUUUAAAAGCGCCCCGUUCGCCGUGCAGCUGCUGUAGGAAAUAGAUUUGUAGCGCAAAACCGAGGCGCGAUAUAAAUCCACGCCGCCCGUCAUUAAGCUCGGCCACGUAAUUGCAAUCCAGGGCAGAAAAUUUCAGGGCCACCCCCACGGCAGCGUGUGGGUCACAGGCAUCACUUAACCGCGUCAGAGCGUCCCAUGAAAUACAGGGUCUUGGUACACACAGCAGCAGGGCCUUGAGAAGACGGAUGCUACUUUAGAACGGUUCCAGUGUGCAGCAGCUCACGGUUUAGCUCACGUUUCGGCCUUGGGGGGAGAAACGCAGUAGAUUUCAUAGCAUGUGGUGUUUUCUUACAUUAUAUAUAUUAUGUAAAGAAUAGACCUGUAACAUACAAUAUUGCUAUUGUCAUCCUGAAUUGCUGCGUUUGAUGAUAAACCCUGCGGUAUACUGGACUGCCAUGUUGUAUGUUACACCAUACAGUUUCCUAAGCCAAAUUCAAACGAGGUGUAUUGUUGGACACAAUUGUAGGCUUGGUGAAUAAGAAACGGUGCUUUCGGAACGCAGCCGGGAUGCUCCCUCGUCUGUUAAGCCAUAGGUAAAAGCUGUUGUUUCAAAGUAAUGAAAGUAAUUCUUUUCUCUGAUUAGUACCGUUUGUGCAACGUGGGACGCUCGUUAAGAAUCCGAUUACGUUUUCUUCCUCGGUAUUUCUGACGGAUGGUGGCGAAAAGGUUUACGGGUAUGUUCCAGCUCCCAUCUAAUCCUCAAAAACAAACAAACAAACGAACGAAAAAGAACAUCUUUUGAUUUGUGGUUUAUGUGGAAACCAAAUCAGGCUAGACAGAGAAGUAUGUUUUUCUCCAAUUUGGCAUGUUGGGUAAGAAGUGAGUCUAUUUUAGUCCAUGUUUAAAAAAAAAAAAAAGUCUGCUUUGUACACCAACGACUACGUUUACAUGCACGUGAAAUUCCGUUUAAGGUCUGUAUUCGGAUUGUAGCCGUCUUCCGAAUGCCAUGUUUAUAUGCAUACAGGCGUCGGAAUAUUCCUGUAUACGUGGUUGCUGUGAGUACGCCGAUCUGCGCACACGUUUUUCCUUUCCCGCUGUUAUUUCUCGGGCGUUUCCUUGCGGAUUGAGCACGCGCGUAUAUCUCCUUUCAGUGGAUUUUCUGAAUUAAGCGUAACAGAUUUCCGAGGCAUGUCCCCCGUGGUGGGAAUCGGAAUCUGGGGAAUUCGAAUGUUGUCUUAAUCGGAUUCGGACGGUCGGACUGCGGCGUUUACACGGUACUCGGGUGUCGGCCCGAUACUGUGCUCGUGUACGUAUACUUGAAAACUACCCCGAUACAACCGCACCGAUAGCACUUUACGACAACGAGACAAAGCCUAACCUCUCGUCAGUUGAGCGGGUAGUCGGAAGAGGAGCAGUGUCAGCAAUUUGGGGAUAUUUUAAGAUAAGUGAUGAUGAUAAAAGUAGAGCAGACUGCAAACUGUGCUCUGCAAAACUGUCAAGAGGAGGGUUAAAAAAAUAGCUCAUUUAACACAAGCGAUUUGAUUAGCAAAACACCGAGUGCAAAGAGUUUGCUAAUGCUAGCAGCGGGAAACGGCAACAACCAACUUUGCAGCAAAUGCUGGAGAAGCGAGAGAAAAUGUCCAGAGACAACCAACGGGCGGUAACAAUAACAGAAGCUCUCACCCAGUUCAUUGCUCUUGAUGACCGACCGUCGUCAGUUGUGGAUAAUACAGGAUUUCGUCGUCUUCUUGGUGUACUUGAGCCGAAGUAUGAGAUUCCCAGCCGUCAUUACCAAAGCUGCAUGACAUUUCGGCCUUCAGCUUCACCACUGACAUUUGGACUAGCAGUGUCAGGACAAUGUCUCUCAUAAGUUGAACAGCACAGUGGAUUGAUGAGGAUUUCACUCCCCAGAGAGUCGUUUUUACAAGCAACGCAGUUUAGACGUCCGCACACUGGCCAAGCCAUAUCAGGUGUGUUUGAUGACAUGCUUCAGACGUGGGGCAUUCCGAAAAGUGUGAAGUACUCAUAUCGGUACUUGGUAUCGGCAAGUACCCAAAUGUAAGUACUUGUUCUUGGUCUGAAAAAAAGUGGUAUCGGUGCAUCCUAGUUUACAUGACUCGAUACUAAUCCGAACAUUGUCUCCAUCUGAUUCGGACAAUCGGACUGCGGCGUUUACACGACUCGAUACUAAUCCGAACAUUGUCUCGAUCUGAUUCGGACAAUCGGACUGCGGCGUUUACACGACUCGAUACUAAUCCGAACAUUGUCUCCAUCUGACUCGGACAAUCGGACUGCGGCGUUUACACGACUCGAUACUAAUCCGAACAUUGUCUCCAUCUGACUCGGACAAUCGGACUGCGGCGUUUACACGACUCGAUACUAAUCCGAACAUUGUCUCCAUCUGACUCGGACAAUCGGACUGCGACGUUUACACGACUCGAUACUAAUCCGAACAUUGUCUCGAUCUGACUCGGACAAUCGGACUGCGACGUUUACACGACUCGAUACUAAUCCGAACAUUGUCUCCAUCUGACUCGGACAAUCGGACUGCGGCGUUUACACGACUCGAUACUAAUCCGAACAUUACCAAAUUCCAUUUAAUAUCAGAAUGAACAUUGAUGUGCAUGUAAACGUAGUCAAUGCGUUAUCAAUCUGGUUUCUAAAUAGGCUAACAUCAGGUAACAGAAAUUUGACUAGCACUUACAGCUAUAUUCUUUGCAAGAAUAUUCUUUAGAUAUGAAUCCCUGCACAUCUUGCGUGAUCUUGUAAGAUGUCCGUGUCGGUAUUGAGAGCGCUGCAUCAAAAUCUUGCCUUUUGUAAUCCUGCUAGCAUUUUCAGCGAGCUCUUACUCCGGUAUUCACGGAGCACAUGCGUCGCCUGUUGGGAGGGUUUAAGGUUGUCAAACGUGGCUUGGAGGUACAAGUCUCGUUUAACCAAACACGCAUCCGGGGCCACCUCCUGAAGUGGUGUGAGAGAUCGGAUUGAAAUGCAUCUUGGGUGCAUUUCAUCUCUACUCUCCUUCUAGAUAUCACUCUGAUACUGGUGUAGCAUAAGCAAACGUGAAAAAGAAAAAGUUCCGUCUACACGUUACCUGCUGUGGGGUCUGCAGUUUAGCUUUGUGCAUUCACGUCCACAGUGCAGUCUUUCUUGCGUAGUGCCGUUGUGUUUAGAGCAGUUAAUAGUAUGUGAGAAUAACAGUGCUUCGGUUUAAGGUCUUGAAUUGUCAUUAGCGUCUCUGCUUUGUCUAAAUUACGACCGUCGUUUUGGAAAUUGUCUUUAAGAGUCCGGGUUUAUUCACAUAACGUGUCAACGCACCGUCGUUUAAAUACAAACCCGAAAGCACCGUAACGUUGGUAUCGUCCGUAUCGAAUCUCGGACGUAUUGUGUGGCUUCAGUUAGGCAGGGCUUACGGCGUCGGUGUACAGGAUCUACUGCUGUACGCUGUAAUUAUUUUGUCACUCCCACCUGUUUGCCAGUGAAGCGGAACAAAAGUUUCAGCUCGAGGCCUUGAGAAGUGGAGGAAUUUGACUGAUCGUACGAGGUCCAGGUCGACGUGUUGGAACGGGUACAUUUUUUGGUGAAGCCUUCCCAGGUGCCUCUAGCUUCCUCAGCAGCUACAUGAGCUCAUCCAGCCCGCACGCAGGGCCGAGCUCGCUUCCCUCCGACCCUCCCUUCAGAGCCCCUAACCCGCCCAACCUGCAGAUGGCUCAGCUCUGGGCUUCACACUCUCAUGAAGGUUUCCCCCACCUUCCCAGCGGUCUGUACCCUAGCCACUACCUUCCCCUGGGUCAUCUUGAGCAUCCUCAACUAGGCCAGCAUUCACUUUUUGACUCACAAAAAGAGGGGUUUUACCUUCCGAGCUCAGUACACUCCCAGUCUGCUAUGGCCCGGAACCUUGUGGCCCAUUUGCCCAGCCCCCUCUCCAGAGAGAAGACGCAAGAGAUCCACAAGAGCUCCAAAGACUCGGGCCGGGAACUGGGAAAGGACAAGCCCUGCAAGAGUGAGCUAGGGCAGUCGGUCCAGCGCAGGGAGCGGGCUAGGGAGGAGCCACGGCCCCACAGCGUGGUCGACCUCACCCAGGAUGCUAAGGCUGAGGAUGAGCGGCGAGUCUUUCAGCAUCAUUCGCCUGCUGCUGAUGUUAAACCAAAAUACCUGCUCCAGCCCCCGCUCAGCAACUGCAGGACCAGCAGUGGCACACCAUCCAGGUACCCAGGUUCAGAAGCGGAAAGAAGGGAGCGGGUCGACGAAAAUUACCAAGCCACUGUCCCCUCCUCUACUGAUAAGCUAAAACGGCUUGACUCAGUAGCUACAUCUUUAGGCACUUUGCACGUUAAUUAUGCCAGCCCCUCCUCCCUCCAGAGCAGUCCAGCAUCCCUCCCACCCAGGCUGGUGUCUUCUGGUGCUUACUCUCCCCCUCACCACAUGCCCCCAAGCUUGUACCCACACUGCUCUGCUGCCAAAGAGCCAGCCAGGGAACACAGAGUGACCGCUCCUACUUAUGUGCCUUCUGUCGAGGUUUACGACGAGCGGAAAGGGCCCAUCCAGAUCGCCUCGCAAGCUCGAGACAAUAAUAAAACAGAUAAGAGCAGGGACAGGGACAUGAACAGAGCAACCCUGCAGGUGGGGUGUGAGAGGACACCUGCACCCUUUCUCAGGAGUGAGUCUCCUUGUCCCAGUGAGCUCAAGAGAGCCGUUGUACGGGAAGAGGGAUCCGUGAUCAGGGCCAAUAAUUUGGCUGUAAGAAGGCCUUCUGUUUUAGAUUUGGGCACAAUCAAAUCCAGCAACAGUCCAAAUACCAAGGACUUACCGAGCGCCAAGCACACAAUCAAAACGGGGCUGGAGGCAGAAAGCCGCAUCCAAGAGCGUGAAAUCGUUCAAAGGUCCGGACCAGCGUUUUCUGGUCUGGAACCCACCACACUCCACUCUGCUGAGACCAAAUGGAAGCCUUUCGAGAUGGGCAACUACGCCGCUAGCCACAUGGCUGCUUUGGCAGCUCAACAUACUCAUGGUCCCAGAGGAGAGGAAGAGGGCAAGCGCAUGUACCUGGAUCGGAGAGGCAGCCCAGGGAGCCUCCAGGGCGAGGAGCACAGCGAGGUAUCUGCUAUGCAGAGCCUCAUCAAGUACAGUGGGAAUUUCUCUGGCGAGGUCAUGUCUAAGCAUGGCGCGGAUAGCCGCACCCCAUUUGGGGGACUGGGUCACCUGAAGCUGGAGGCUUCUCAGCAUGCGAGCGCUAAAGCUCAGCACCUGUCUGGGAAGCAGCUGAAAAGGGAGCCAGAGAGACCCGAAAGCGCCAAAUCGUUCAACCGGGACGGAAGCUCCUCUCAGGGGGAGGCUGAGGUUCGGCACCCCCCAGUGGGCAUCGCAGUAGCGGUGGCUCGACAGAGAGAUAACAGCAGCAAGCUUGGCUCCGUGUCAGACCGAGACAGACCAAUCCUGGCAGGAAGCAUCAAAGGCCCAGGCCAAGAGGAAGAGGAACAAGGACAAGAGCGAACACGUCAUCACGAUGGCCGGCUCCUGCCUGGGCGUUUGGAACACGAGCAAGAGAAGGCAUUGAGAGAGAGUAAGGACUUGGCAGAUUACUCUCAGCUGCAUCCUCCCUUGGUGUCUGUAAGUGGCCUGAACCCAAACCUGAUGGUGACCGGAGGUCCUCCCCUGGCGGGGGCGGGUCGCUGGCCUCCUGACCCCACCUCCCAUCUGACUUCCAACCCCUGGCUGCCUCGCCCCGGACCCUCCACUAUGUGGCUGCCCGGUUCUCCAUAUGGAUUGGGGGCACCCUCUCUUCACCAGCCCCUGCCUCCAGGUUACCCCCCCACCUUACCUGGGUCCAUCCCUCAAGCCUACCAGUUUGCCCGGGACCCACAGACGGGACAACUGGUCGUCAUUCCCACCGAACACCUUCCACACUACACGGCAGAGAUGUUGGAGCGUGGACCCCCGCUGUGGUCUGCUGUGUACCCGCCAGCAGGCAGCUCUCUGCAGCACGCCCACCAGCUGCAGCUCCUCUCGCACCAGCAGCUCGUACGCCAACAGGAGCUCUACAUGAUUCAGCAGCAGGCUGCCCAGGUCAUGGAGCUACAGAGGAACGCACAGUUUGUGGAGAGACUAAAAGAACAGCGCGCCGACAUGGAGGACAAGGCAGAGAAGAGGGGUGGAGAGGGCACCAAAACCAACCUCUCAAGUGUACCUGCCUCUGUCCUGCACUCACGCAAGCCCCCUCCACCUUCCCCAACCCCCUCCACUUCACACAAGAAGACUGUGACACCCCUAGCAGUCACACCGCUGCCCUCUCCAGUCACUUCCCUUAAGUCUGAAAAUAGGCCCAAAGUGGAGAGCACACUUCCUCAGCAGUCGUACUCGCAUCCAUCUACCCCAGCACCACAGCCGCUCAGCCCUGCCUCCGCCUUGUCACCUCCCCCUUCCCCCAUACUCCCUAAACAAGAGUCUGUGGAGGUGACCGACAAAGAGGAGCUUGACCUGCAUAAACAAGUAUCUGCUACUUUCCCAUCUAUAUAUCCUGAAAUUCCUCCAGGCUACCCCUACCAAUCAAUAACAGCAUCUUUCGGCAGCCAUUACCCCUACCUUCUUCAGCCUGCCACAGCUGCUGAUGCAGAAGGCCUGGCUCCAGCUGUGCCGCUGCAGGCCGAGGGCUCGAAGCGCUUAGCCAGCCCGGCCAGUGUAAAACCCAGUCACAUGUGUUCACCAGUGGUGGCAGAAGCUCUGCAGGCAUCCAGAGAGCCCAAGCGAGUAGAAGAGAGUGUGGUGCCAUUUAAAGAGGAGCCAGGACUGGAGAACAGCAAGGAUGUUUUGGGUCAGGAUUGUAUCACACAGUCUAUCCACUCUGUUGCUUCAAUUUCCAGUCAGGACUCAUGUACUCCUGUUGAAGCAGAGGCCUGCUCAAGAGCUGCAGCCUCACCACUGCCUGAGGAGAGCAAAGAAGAUGACAAGGCAGAUCUAUUCUCAUCUACUCCACAAAAGUUGUACCAAAGAUCAGGAUCAGACUUGGAUGUGAGCCCGGCAGCAGAGGUUUCAAAGAGCUCUCUCAACUUGCCAGAGUCGGCCUUCACGUCCUCCUCCAAUUACACCGACAUGCAACCCAUAGACUGCAGCAUUCGUCCCUCAGACUCGCCUUCAGUUCACACAGAGAGGCUCAUUUCUGCACCCAAGCCCAAAGAACCCACCCAUGACACUCCAGACCUGGAAUCGACACACAGUGAUAUACCGCUUCCAUGCCCCACUCCUCCUGUGCUCCUGCCUGGCCCUGCGCCAGCAGCCAUCCAAACUGAGGACCCCAUGGCAGGCAUGCUGGCACUGCUAACAGCGAGUGAGCUGCCCCAAUCUGGAGUCCUUACCACCAUGGCUGAAAUGACCCCUACCGAGAUGAUGCAUUGCCCAGGAAUCAGUCUUUUGGAGUCUGCUGCUGCUGCGGGCAUGGCCCUGCUUAGCCAAAUGGCCGAGCUUGAGAUGCAGAGGCACCAGAGAGACGCCAUACAGGGCAUAAUGCACUGUGGAUUAGAGAGUCUCCUUGAGGCUGGGAGGCAAAUCCUCCUGGAGGCCAUCGAGUGUCAGCCUCAAGUCAGCAUCUGCCUCCCAAGAGAGCUCAACCCCAACAAGAAAUACAGCUGGAGGCAGAAGAAAGAUGAACCUAUGUUCUCCAAAUCCUCUCUGGAGGGUAUGGAUGCAAUGGAGGUGGACUAUCGUGUGAGACUGGCUGAGCUGCAGCGGUGCUAUAAAGACAAGCAGAGAGAGCUGAUCAGGCUACAGAGACGGAGAGACAAAGUAGAGAAGCAACAGUUGCAGCAACAACAGCUCCAGCAGCAACAAGAGGAAAGGAGCAGGAACCUGGCCAGGAGAGGCCCCGGUCGGCCCCGGAAGCGCAAGCAUGGCCUGUGCGCUCUGUCUCCACCUUCAGGGAAGCUGGAUGCCAAGUGUGGAAAGCUGGCCCAGGGCGCACAGUAUUCAGAGGACUCUGAGAGCGGGGAAGUUCUGAGGAGGCGCUUCCGCAGCUCCACGCAGGAGGAGGAAGAGGAUGAGGACAUGGACGUUGGUAUUUUAAAGGCAAAGAAGAGACGCAAGAGCUGGAAUGAGCAAGAAGCAUCCUCUAGUUAUUCUCACGAGGUACCUAAAACAGGCAGUAAGAAGAGCCAAGUAAGUGAGCAAGAGCAGUUGGCGUCAAAGCUUGACAAGGCCUUGUCUCUCACUAAGCUUGGUAAACCGAACAAGGCUGCGUGUAAGUUUGUGGACGGUUCUUCGGGAAAGUCCAGAACUCCCUCUGGGAGCAGGCUGUCUAUGCUCCCGGAUACAAGUGUGAGAAACAAGAUGGCAAAAUCCAAGCUGUCCAAAGAUCUUGGUUUCUUUCACAAAUCCUCCAAAGGAGGUAAAAGCAAAAUGUCCAACAAAUUAAAGCCUUCAGACUCGUGCCUUAAGGGAAAAGGCCAGAGGAAAGCUUCCAACUCUCCAGCGAGGUCAGAGAUCAGCAGCUACUCCAACAACACGGAUUCAGAAGAGGACUCCAUGAAGGAUGGCUGGCCACCUCAUGCCAUGUUGGGUAGAUCAGGACCCUGUGCACAGAUCCCAAGCCAAUACAGCACUCCAUCUAAGAAGAAGCGCCCGUCAUCCAAGAGAACCUCUGCGUCCUCCUCCUCCUCCUGUCUCAAGUCGAAACAGGGGGUGAAAGAAAGAAAACAGAAGCACUUUGCUUUAUUACUGCAAGAGGCAGGAGUCAGCUCCUCUGAGGACUCAUUUGACCAAGAGUACUUUACCGAAAGGGAUGAUUACGAGGAUGAGGACGAUGAAGAGGACUAUGACCGUGAGCUGGAUGAGUUUAAUGCCCUGUGCUCGUCCUCGCUAGAGGAAAGUGGUCUGGGUUUGCUUGCUCGCUUUGCUGCUAGCGCCAUCCCUAGCCCUGUUACCUCUGGCCCGAUGUCCCUCGUUCAGCUGGAGGCCAAGCAGAAAGCCAAGAAAAAGGAGGAGAGACAGAAUCUGCUAGGUGCGGAGUUUGAAUUCACCGACUCUGAGAGUGACGUGAAGAUCCGGAAGUUCCCAUCUCUGCUGCAUGGAAAGAGAUCUGCACCCGAGCUCCCUCUGCUACCCCCGGCCACCGUGCUGCGUGAGGACUCCAGCCCUGGCAAACGCAGCCGGAAGCCCAAAGCCCCAGCUGAGCUCAACUUGAGCUUCUCGGCCGAAGGCAGCGAUGAAGAACGCUGGAUCCGCCGCAGGAGCGAGCGCAUUUUCCUCCAUGAUGCCGCCCAGGCUAAACCCAUCUCUCCUUCCAAACCUACAGUGCCCAAAUCGGCUCGUGGCCCCAAAACACCUCUGCAUGGCUCCAAGGACAUACCUAAACCCAAGGAGUCGAAAGCACCGGGGAAGAAGAAGAGGUUGAAAGAGCUCCCCCUGCGUCUGCCGCCGCUCUCCAGCACUCCCUCAGAGAGCAGCGCAUCGCUCUCGGUCAGCUCUGGACGCAAGAGCAAGAUUAAACCCAAAGCCAGAGAGGUCCGAGGAAAAGGUGGCGCUGUCAGCAAGCUGAUGGAGAGCAUGGCUGCUGAUGAGGACUUCGAGCCUAACCAGGACAGCAGCUUCUCAGAGGACGAGAACCCCCGUCUGAGCACUGAAAGACCCUGUACCCCUGCUCCUCGUAACUGUGUCCUUAAUAAGGAUGAGCUUCAGGACGGAUUGCGUGUCCUUAUCCCUAUGGAUGACAAGCUGCUGUACGCCGGCCACGUCAACACCGUCCACUCACCCGACAUAUACAGCGUGGUGGUUGAGGGUGAGCGAGGUAACAGGCCUCAUAUCUACUGCCUGGAGCAGCUGCUGCAGGAGGCGAUUAUCGAUGUUAAGCCCCCCUCUGUGAGGUACCUUCCUCAGGGAACAAGAAUCGCAGCCUACUGGAGCCAACAGUACCGCUGCCUGUACCCUGGCACCGUGGUCAGAGGGAGUCCGGACAUGGACGAGGUGGACGACUUGAUAACUGUGGAGUUUGACGACGGAGACACCGGCCGCAUUCCGCUGUCUCACAUUAGACUGCUCCCUCCUGACUACAAGAUCCAGUGUGCUGAGCCAUCCCCUGCUCUCUUGGUGGCUAGCACUAAAAAGCGAGCUCGGAAGAGUAGUAAGGAUGUUCCUGAGAGCAAAGACACGAGCCCCAAAACCGCAGAUGAUUCUGCUCCAAAGAAUAAGGGGAGAGGGAGAAAACCAAAACCCAAACCUGAGCCUGAACUAGCUCAAAAGGAGCAUGAAAAACCUGACCAAUCAGCCCCUGGACCAGUGCAGGAGAGACCCCUUACUACCCAGAAAAAUGGCCCACUGCUAGGCAGGAAGAGUCAGCCUGCCAACACAACCAACCCCUCCAUCCCCAUACCUGCUGAAGGCCAGAAGAAAACUGCUGUAGCCAAACCCCCAGCCAAAGUACACUCGCAGCCCAAGUCUGUCUACUCAUCUGCGCUUUAUGGAAAAGUUCUCUCGGUGGAUCUCUACAAUGACCCGUCUGCUUCAUUAGCUUCCUUUAUGUCCAACAAUGAGAGCGGGAAGGCAAAGGCUGUCAAAAGAGUCCGGAAGAGUGAAGAUGAAGGAGCAGCGUUUGGAGUGAAAACCCAACGCAAGCAGCCUCAGACGGAGAUCCUGAUCAAGUUGGACCAUGAGGGUGUGAUGUCCCCCAAGACCAAGAAGACCAAAGCUCUGAUGAUGAUGGAGGGUCAGAACCGCACAAAGAGAGACAGUAAAGCCGUGAUGGGUGUUAAUUACACUACUGUCACCUCCACUACCCCUACAGACAAAACACUGAAGCCCAAGACCGAGCCUGAGACAGUUAAUACAGACAGCGUCGCGAACUACAAUAUCCGUAAGCUGGGAAGCAGCACAGACGGCCGCGUUAGUGUGAAGGGCUCAGGAGAGAAGGAGGCUCAAUCGGAAAACUGCAGUAGCAGCAGUAGCAGCAGCUCGGAGUCUGAUGGAGAGGAGGAAAGGAGGACCUCGCCGGAAACAAAGACCAAGCAGGACAGCAGCUCUACCAGCUCCCGUGCCUCUAGCCCCACCUCUUCCAGCUCGUCCAGCAGUAGCUCCUCUUCUACUGCUGGAUUUAAUUCAUCAUCUUCAUCGUCCUCCUCGUCCUCGACCACCAGUGACGAGGAGUCUUCGUGUAGCUCGGAUGAGGAGGCUCCUGCAGUUCCGCAGCCCCUGUCUCCUCAAGAGCAACCUCCGACAGAGAACGAUGAAGAGGAUGUAGAAGAGAAAGCUGAGGUGAAGACCGAGCUCCCUUUGACCACAACCAAGGUCCAGAAACAGCAAGAUCCUCCCAAACAGCAGGCAAAGCAACAGAAGCAGCAGAAGGUGAAGAAGAGCGUUGGUCGGCCUAAGAGGAGAGAGGGCAUCCACCUGCCCACUACAAAGGAGCUGGCUAAGAGACAGAGACUGCCCUCUGUGGAGAACAGACCCAAGAUUUCUGCUUUCCUGCCAGCCAGACAGCUGUGGAAGUGGUUUGGGAAACCUACUCAGAGACGGGGAAUGAAGGGCAAAGCAAAGAAACUCUUCUAUAAGGCCAUUAUGCGAGGCAAAGAAAUGAUUCGUAUUGGAGACUGUGCUGUCUUCUUGUCCGCUGGACGGCCUAAUCUUCCAUUUAUUGGUCACAUCCAGAGCAUGUGGGAGUCUUGGGGAAACAAUAUGGUGGUUCGUGUCAAAUGGUUCUACCAUCCCGAGGAAACCAACCCAGGAAAGAAACUUCACGACAAAAAGAACUGGGAUCAGAUGUCUGGAAGGAAUCUCGCUGCUGUUCUGCAGGCAUCCAACCAGAGGAAGGAUUUCAUGGAGCGGGCCCUGUACCAGUCCUCUCACGUUGACGAGAACGAUGUUCAGACCAUCUCCCACAAGUGCUUGGUGGUUAGCCUGGAGCAGUAUGAACAGAUGACUAAAACUAAGAAGUACCAGGACAGUGAGGACCUCUACUACCUGGCCGGCACUUACGAACCCACUACUGGUAUGAUUUUCAACACUGACGGUGUUCCUGUCAUCUGCUGAGGAGUGUUCUUAUCAGCCAGCUACGUCACAGGAAUGAGCUGUAGAAGAUUGUAGAAGAUGACUGAGAGCUCCCGACGUUGUUCCCGAAUGACUGAACUCAUGGUAAUGUUCCCGAACGAGACCACUGUUUGUCUUCGCCGAAUGACACAUGGGGACUGAGAUUGGUGAUAAGCACAAACAUGGACGUGGAAUGUAUUCCGGAUGACGGCGGUAUACAGUCUGUCAUCAUUGUUAAAGUAUGUGUGGAGAAGGCAAAUGUGGAGCACGUGUCUAACCUGUUAACAGAGGGCGGCCCGUCCCAGCUCUGAUAUAACGACAUAAGCGUGGUGAACAAAUCAAGCGCCGUUUUGGAGAAAGAAACGAGUGCGCACGUCAAGAUCAUCUUUAAGGUCAUACAUGUCUGCACAGCUGAGCUCUUGUGUCUCUAGCUGUUAGCAUCAAGAAUGCGCACUGAUGCAACACAACUUGGUGGAACUGAAUCUGCUGGAGAGAAGGCUGCAACGAACCAACUUCGUGGGCCCAGCUUGUGGUGGAUGUGAUUUAAACUGACAGGACAUGUCACACUUACUACUCCAAUCCACCUAGAGAAGCUAUCCGUACCAGCACUCUGCUGUCCAGCGACCUCCUGGUAAAACCGUGCUGGAACUUAACACAACGACAGCCGGGUAAUGAACUUGGACAGCUGAUACAACCCUGGGCUCCUAAAGCUACAACCGUACUGACACUGGCACUCUUCCUGCGCUACAGAGUGUUUAUUCGCAGGAAAGUGAGUCACCUUUCUAGCCCAAAAGAUCUAUUGGGGUAUUUAUACGGGCCUGUUUUCUAGCCAGCAAGGCAGAAAGGGCUCUCUGUACGAGUCACACGCUAACGUCGUGGUCUAAACCGUUGUACAGAUAACUACAAUUGUACAUACACUAUAUAUACAUGAUAUACCCACAUUUUAUUUUCAUGUACAAUAGAUUUAUGUGAAAGUAAUUUUUUUAAAGUGGUAAAAGGAGAAAAAAAGAGAGCUUUAUUAUACUGUGAAUCAAAGAUCAAAAUUAGGUGAAAAUCAGGAACUCGAUUAUGAGGAUCUCGGAAAUUGUUAAUGGAACUCGAUCUCAAACCCACUACGUUGACGAUGCGGUAUAAUUUGCAAUGUAAUAUCAAGGAUACUAUUACCGGACAUCAUGGUUUUCAGACCAGUUGUCCAUUUUUGCAUUUUUUUCAACAGAAAGCACUUAAAUCUACCCUUCCCGUCUCUUGUAAGAUGAAUUUUCUUUGACAAUCCCCAGUGCAGGCGAACUUGAUACAUCCACGAAGAGAAUAUAUCGCAUCUCUCAUGGCUGCCAGCUGUCCUGACUGGUCACCACCUGGUCAGCCUCAUGCUAUUUCAGCCCGUCAGCAUGUACGUGUUUUUGUUUUCGUUAUAUAUAUAUAUAUAUAUAUAUAUAUAUAAAGCAUUCCUCUUAUCCCUUAACCAAUCUACUCUUUCUAGAAGCAAUUCCAUCUCAUGCAUAAAAGCACUUUGUCCGAAUGUACUAAUAGCAGAGCAGCACAGCAAAGUGACAUUAGAGAGAGUCAUCAGAUAGAUAGACGGAGGGAGGGGGAGAGAGAGAGAGAGUGUGUCAAUAGAUAGAUGGAGGGAGAGAGAUAGGAAGUUCUUAUGCUGAAAGUAUGCCUCCUUUUCUCUACCCACCCCACCCCCCUUCUCGUCCCUGCACACGGCUGUUGUUUGUCGAUGCCUAAAAUACUUUAAGGGAAUGUCCAAGAAGUUUUGUUUUUCCCCAAAAUGUCACCGUAGCAGCUUGAUGAGUUGCAAACAGUCGAUCUGAUUGGUUUGAUGACACAUGCACAUUUCUGAAGAAGCUUUCUGAGUCAGAGGUGUUUACGGUGGCAGUGAUGGGAAACAGGGGUCUCUAAAAAACAUUACCUGGGUUAUUACAUAGAAUAGUUACAAAUUCAUUCCCUGUUCUCUCACAUUAUAGGCUUCUCUCUCUCUCUCUCUCUCUCUCUCUCUCUCUCUCUCUCUCUCUCUCUCUCUCUCUCUCUCUCUCUCUCUCUCUCUCUCUCUCUCUCUGUCUUUCGAGUACUCUGUGGUACCUCUUUAUUUCAUCCUCACUCUUAGUCAUGCAUGCAAGCACAAACCCAAACCAUAUAGCCUCUUCUGGAGGGCAAAAAAUGUCUGAUGUUUCAAGGAAAAAAGGUACUAUAAACUAAUCAACGUUUUAGUGUUAUUAUUAUAUGUUACAUAUAAAACAUUACAUAUAAAAAUCCAGUGAUUUUAGUCGUCACGUAAUGCCAUUGUGAACGUGAAGGACUUCUGGUUUCUAUAACCAACACAAUCCUGACUGAACCAUUUCUCAUCUAAACACGCUGCAUGACUGUUUACUUCUCAUCGAGUGAAUUAUACGAAAAGUUUGACAAAUCCGACUUUCCCUUUAAGCCCAGUCCCUCAGAGGCUGAAUCAUUUUUGGCCCAAUUACAUAGAUUGAAUGUUGCUUUUUGUAAAUAAGUUUUGUUGAUCUUGUAUUCCAAAGAAAGAGCCAGACUUCACCGGAGGCUCUCAAAUCCGCCAGUACAGAACCAGGCUGUUGAUUCUCUGCUCCUCUAAUCAAGACCAAUCAAAUAUAUUUGAUUCAUGUCUAGCAAACACUCAUUUAAAAAAAAAAAAAAAAAGAUAUUUUUGUUUAUUUGUGCCUUUUGUCAUGGUCUAAAAAUUGAAUGUAGUCUAACGUCUAAAUAUCGGACAUGUUUUUAUGUCCAGAAUGAUGGAUGUAUUUGGGAAAGUGUUCCUUGUGAGACUGUCGGGCCUUUCGGUUACAGUCACUGUAGUCGAUUAGUUUGCCAAUAUCAGCGGCUGAAGGUUGUACACACCUCCAGUGUAUGCAAAUCAGAAGUUGUCAUUAUGGGAUAAAUUCAUUGUGUGUACAAGUGGAAUUCUUGGAGAAUUUUACUUCCCAACUUCCUGUCUCGGAUCUCUUCAUCGCCAUAUUUCUUUUACCUCGUUUGUUUUCCAGAAUAUCAUGGUCUGUCUGUCUUUUUUUUUUUUUUUUUUUUUUUAAAUACCCAAUGGUAAUCAUUGCCGUUCUCGACUUACUAAGUCGCCACGAAGCCGAGAGGGUGUAGUCAGUUACCACGUCUUUUCAAGCUGACGCCCACUCAGUGUCAUAGGGCAGCUGAAUGUGCUUUGAAGAUAGUGAUAACCACCCACUCCUGUACACGUGACUAUCCUUUCUCUGAGUUGCUAGGAGGAAAGGAUUCAGGCCUGCCGCUCUUAUGGCCAGUUGUGUUUUACUGCAAACUCUAACUAUUACACUUUUGGGCAAAAUCCAAUUCAACAUUUCUUCCAUCAUCUUCCGUUUUGCUUUCAGAAGAAGGGAGAGAGAGAGAAAUAGGAAGGGAAUGGACACUAGAAAACGUCUGGGAUUGAUGUACCCCAGCACAAUUUAGGCCUACUCAGUAUUUCAGAACUUCUUUCUGUUUUGACACUAUUGCAUAUGUAGAGAGAGACUAUAUUGGUAAAUUUGUCUGAAAAUGUUCUCUUUUUUUUUCUUUUCUUUUUUUUUUUUUUCAUAUGUAACAUUGGCCAAUCUCUCUUAAAGAGAUGAUAUCUUGUUGAUAUUCAAUAGGUUAUUUCUUAACAUGUUAAUCAUCAUAUGUGGUCUUGAGGUAAAUUGUAUAUUCUGUCUUUGUAUCAGGUUCUGACUUUUUAAGAGUUUUCUGAUUAUUUUGGUUUGAGGAUUUGUAACAGACCCAAAGCCGACUAAAAUGGUGCCAAAUAAUCGUUAAGUCGCCUGAAAUCUGAAACAACACUGAGCACGCAAUCAUGGUCCAAAAACUCGGUCAAAUACACAUUUAUUUUUGUGUGCGUGUGUGUUUGUGUAAGAUAUUUGUCUUUAGAAAGUUGUACAAUUUAAGUGCCCCUCAAAACAAACGUUUACUUGGAGCUUGGAGUCAAGCUGUAAAGCACUUUUUAGAAUAUUUUUGUCUGCAUGUUGUAGAAACAGAGUUUAUGCAUCUUAGAAUAAUAUUAGAGCAGAGCACUCGACUCUUAUUUUGCUUGCUGAGUGUAGCACAGUGUGAGACGUCCUUCCUUUUGGCCCGUGCUCGGGUCAUUAAAAGAGACAGUGGCCUCUGCUGGUAGAAGUUAUGUAGGUCGAGCUAGUUGCUAAGUGUCUUCUGCUCUGUGUUCAGGGUCGUGUAUAUGGCCAUCUCUUUAUAAUGGAUUAACUGGCUCAUUAGAAAAAGCUCUUGUAUAGCAGAGACAGAUCUUGCUGUUUGCAUCAGGUCUUGCUAUUUGCAUGAUUCUGUUGGCCUUUUUGCAUUUUGUCUCUCUAAUCUUGUCAGGGUUUUUUUGCUAUUUACCUUGCCCCCCUCUCAGAACAAUCGUCCUCCGUGCUUAAUGUGCAAUACUGCUGAAUGUGGUUUCUCUGAGGUAGCUGCUAGAGAGGGAUGAAGAUUGUUAGAGAGAGUAAGUGUGUGGACUGGAGGCUGGUCCUUCACUGGUCUUGGUCUGCUGGUCCGUCAGCGUUGGUAGAGUCCUGUUACACACGAGGAAAAAAACAAAAAAGCUAUAGUUUUAAAAUGAUUUUUUUUUUUCUUGAAAAUGUAAAAGCAUCAAAGUUUUGUAAAUUGUCCUUAUGAGAGGGGGACAUAUUUGUACACACAUUUAAUCCUGUAAAGAAAAAUAUAAAAGCAAACACUUUUGAAAGAUUACGAUCCAGUCACUAAAGAUUACUGUUGACUUGUGUGUAAACUUCACUUUUUUUUUUUUUUUAACCGAAAAAAAAAAAAAAAAGCUUAAUCAGUGUUCUUUCCAGUUCUUUUAGAAAUCAGAAUUUUGUAGUCCAUCAAUAAACAUGAUGAAAAUGA